AUGGUACCUUUUAAUACAAAAACAAUAUCAGUUUGGAAAAUUGUUGAUACAACUCCAUUUAUCAUAAAAAUAAAAGAAAUAAUUGAUAAUGAAAAUACUGAUAAUGAUAUAUAUAUAUAUGGUCUUGCACUUUCACCAAAUGAAUCUUGUCUUGUAUCAAUAUUAUCUGAUCAAUCGAUUAUUCUUUAUCAAAAUAAUGAACAAUUUCGUUGUUUAUCGAAAACUUUAAUAUUAUUUUAUUCGGAUGGUUCAAUAAGUUUUCAUGAAGGUAUUGAAACAUUAGAAGAAUAUCAUUAUGAAUCUAAUCAAUUAAAUGAAUGGCCACGUUUUUGUCAUCAUAUUUCAAAUGAUUUGUAUUUAAUUGAUUGUCAAAUACAAGUUAAUAUUAAAGAUGAAAUUGAUGAAGAAAAUUUAAAUAUAAUAUCACGUUUAUUUCAUUCAUUAAAAGAUUCAAUUGAAUUAAUAAAUGAACGAUUAAUUUUAUUUGAACAUAGUGAUCCUUGUCGUUUAAUAGAAAAUUUAGUUUCAAAAGGUGAAUAUGGCCAAGCAUUACGUGUUUAUGAAAAAAGAAAAUUAAUUUUAUAUGAUGAUCUUAUUAAUAAAUAUAAAAUAUUUCAACAAUAUCAAUCAAAUAUAUUUGAAAAAUUUCGAGAAUGGGAUUAUAAACAAAUUGCAUUAAGAUUAGCUAGAUUAAUUCCAAAAUAUUCUUUAAUUAAUGAAAAAGAAGUUGAACGAAAAGAAAAUGAUUGGAGUAAUGAAUAUUUAUCUCCAUAUGAAGAAAAACCAAAAGAAGAUAUUGAUCGAACAUUAUUUAUUGAAUGGUAUAAGAAAAGAAUUCUUUCAUUUGAAUCAUUUGGUCUUAUUGAAAAUGCUCUUCAAUUAUGUAAACAUGCUUUAGAUAUUGAAAAUUUUUAA